AUGGCUUGGCGGCCCCUCGGCGUCCUAUCCCUCUGUCGACGACCGGGGCCGAAGCCAACGCCCCAGUCGCGAUGGCUUUCUUCCAGCCGCGACGGCAGUGAGCAAACCCGCUUCUCCUACUUUUCGCCAGCUCAGAAGCAAAGCGAUGAUGCGCAGCUGUUCGCCGUGUUGGGCGACAGCGACGAAGUGCUAGCCAACCCCCUGGCCCACAACGCAGCUGUAGUUCUCGCAACACCACACUAUGCCAGGCAAGUCGGCGACAGCGCCUUCGUGGGGAAGAUUGCUCGACUACUGGCGGGGGAUGCCCACGUUGGCCAGUUCCAUGUCUUGUGCGCCGUCGUUGACCAUUUGGCACCGGCCUUUGGGGGAUCAGAAACGUUGCAAGGCAUCUCCGUCCUGCGGGGCCAUCUGGACGAUACCUUGCCCGAACUCUGGCUCCCGCAGCCUCCCAAGUCCAAGGAAGAUUCUGAGUCUGUAUCGUCUCUCACCUUUGAUCUUGGCAGCCCCUGGAUCACACUUCCCCUGGCGCGAACAACCUUUCAAAACGGCCGGCCUUCCACGCUCAUCACUUCACGGUUCGACAUGACGCGCACGUCUCCUCAGCUGGCCCAAAGUUUGGAGAAGCACUUCCAGCGCAUUCGCAUGUCGCUUGAAACGCCGGCGCAGUCCGUAGCAGAUCUUGGACUUUGGGCCCCUCUAUCGCCCGUUACCCGCCCUCGCUUCGUGACGGAGAGUUUUGGAAACAUCAUCCGAGGCGUCCGCCUCAACGGGAAGUCAGAACCGGCAUCGACGGAACUAGAGGCCGCGGUGGAAACCAUGUUCAGGCACAGGCCAGCAUCAGGGACCCCGCCUGGCCCAGUGGGGGUUUGGGCCAUGGUUACGCCCAGCGGCCACGAAGCGCUGGAGCAUGCGCCUGAUCCGACCCCGAUUCUGCAGGGAAAGCCGCUGACUCGGGACGCAAUCGAGGAGACCGCCGAGUGCCUUGAGCAGUUGCAUCAGUCUGGGGGGCGCUUCUAUCAGAUCCUGAGCGGCGGCGGCGGCUGGGGCUCCAAAAAGGGCUUGCUCUCCCUCGAUCCGGAGCGGACUCACAUGGUUCAUUCCGAGGAAGAGGCCAUGGCCCGCUUUGUGCAGACGAUGGAGGGCUCUGGUUUUGCGGCCCCUGGAUCGCAAAUUCAAUUCUUCACCACGGCACGAGCGUCACCCCGGGACACGGCAUUUUCUUUAUCGGGCACCAUGUUCGGCGUCCCCGAUGGCGUGGACGAAGUCGCCGACAUGGCCGAGGUGUCAGAGUCGGGCUGUCUGGUCAAGGACCACUUCGGCGCCUUAUCGAGCAAGGGCGUAUUCGUUGCCGGGUCUGCAGACAAAGGAGCUGACGCCAUGGACGAGUCCAAGCUGAGCGUCCCGGGCUCUCGAAUCUACGUCGACACAUUCGAUAUGAAGGCUGGCGGGCUGGGAGCUCUUGGGGCUGCAGCGCUGGCCGAGGCCGUCACGGCUGCACUCAUCCCGUAG